AGGGGCCCGGUCGCGGGCCGCCAGGCCAUGCCGCGCGGAGUUUGCGGCCGGCUCGCCUCAGCGCUGCGGGGGACACGCGCACGGCCGCCCGCGGUCGCCCAGAGAUACGAAGCAUCGACAAAUGAACUGAUUAACGAAGAGUUAGGAAUAGCCUAUCCAAUUAUUGAUGGGAUUCCUAAUAUGAUACCACAGGCAGCUAGGAUGACACAUCAAAAUAAGAAGCAAGAAGAAACGGAGCAGCGUUAGAUCACACGUAAGAACGACAACACACACAACUGAAUUUUCUGAAUACCAUCCGCCUUUUAAAAAGUCAGAGUGGCGGGUAAUCAGUGGAGGGGAAGAAUGUUUCUGUCUCUUCCUACGUUGACUGUCCUUAUUCCGCUGGUCUCGUUAGCAGGGCUGUUAUACUCGGCCUCCGUGGAAGAAAACUUCCCGCAGGGCUGCACUAGCACAACCAGCCUGUGCUUUUACAGUCUGCUCUUGCCGGUCACCAUACCCGUGUAUGUGUUCUUCCACCUUUGGACUUGGAUGGGUAUUAAACUCUUCAGGCAUAAUUAAUACAGCCAGAGCCAAGACGGUAUAUCCUAAGGAUAGGCUUGAGUGUCUGUCUGCCUCUGAAAGCUCAACUACAUGGAAAUACUGGACACCCACUUAACGUGCAAGAAAGAUGCUUUGCCUAGCUUCUGUCAGAGGUUUAGGAUUAGGGGAGGCUUAAGCUGCAGAGGCUUCUUUAUUGUACUUUGGUUGUGCCCUUGUUUUUUGAAGGUUCUUAUUUAUACCUGGGGUAUCAGGAGAAACAUUUCAACAGAGUGUCUUGUUGGAAAUUAAUAGCCCCAGCCAUCAUCUGAUGACUUUUAUGUCUUAUCACAUUCAUAAUUAAAAGUUACUAAUUUGAAAUCUUAUAUGUUUAUUUUACAUUCAGAGUCUGGUAAAGUCACAUGUUAAGGAUGACUGAAAUAAUUCCAGAGGAGCUCUGUUGGGGUAGUUGUAGAGAAAUGGAUUUGAACUAAUGUGGUAUAAAACUGUAAUAAAAUGGAAACUUCAUGUAUUUGCCAAAAUUCUGAGUUUGUAAAAUUACCUUCAUUUCUUUGGCAUCACAUGCUUACAUUAAUGAUAAAAUAAGAUAUUGACAUUUUCCAUAAAACAAUUUGUAGUUUUGUGGGGUUUUUAUCCCCCUUUGGUCACUAGAGUGUGAUUCUAAGGAAGAGAAAAUGUAAAAUAUUCUAAAUUUUAAAUUUAGAAUAUUUAGAGAGACACAUAAUAGCCAAAAUAGAAUAAUUUCCCAGGAAAGUAUGUGCCUCUGGAGGUAGAAGUGGGGUUGAAAGGUUUGCAAAUAGCUAAUUGUGUCCUAUUGAGUUGAGGGCUAUGUUUUGAGGCACAUUUCAGUUUAUUUUCCUGCCACAGGAGACCUAUUUUAAAUAGCACUACUAAGGGCAUGAGCAUUUUACACAUUAAUAGUUCCUGAUUUUCCAGAACUUUCAACAAGAUUGAUUAGUACAAUAACUCUUUCAGAAGUGUAACAUAAAUAUUUCAGUAGUUACCCUAAAGAAACCUAAGAACUGAAUAUAACCUUAACUGAUUCUUAAUAGAACCUUAAAGUAGUUUAACAGAACCUUUAGAUAGUGAUUCUUCCCCUUCAAAAGACAAAACGAGGUUGGAUGUGUUUUCUGUUGCAUUAAUUCAAUGUAUAUACUGUAGUACAAGUCAUGUUUUAAAAACUACUCUAUGGCAAGGACUUCCCUGGUGGCACAGUGGUUAAGAAUCCGCCUGCCAAUGAAGGGGACACGGGUUCGAGCCCUGGUCCGGGAAGAUCCCACACCCCGCGGGGCAACAAAGCCCGUGCGCCACAACUACUGAGCCUGUGCUCUAGAGCCUGCGAGACACAACUACUGAGCCCACGUGCUGCAACUACUGAAGCCCGUGCGCCUACAGCCCGUGCUCCGCAACAAGAGAAGCCACCGCAAUGAGAAGCCUGCGCACCGCAACGAAGAGGAGCUCCCACUUGCUGCAACUAGAGAAGGCCCGUGCGCCGCAACGAAGACCCAACGCAGCAAAAAAAAAAAAACCCAAAAAAAAACCCUCCUCUAUGGCAAUAUACAAAUAACACGGAAGACAAUAGAGGUACCCAUCAUUUCCUGAAAUGGCAUUAUUUUUCUUUUUAAUGUGCCCUAAAUCUCACUAUGGUCAGUGUAAAUGAAAGAAUUUUGCUGAUAAAACAAGCACUGUAUUCUGAAAUCAACUGUGUUAAUGAUUGCACGAUUCUGUGACUAUAAUAAAUCCACUGAGUUGUACAAUG